AUGGGAACUGUAGAUCGAUUUCUUCAUCUUCCUUGUCCCAGAAGUUUUGAUGGAAUUAGUAUUAUUGAUCACAGUCAAAACCCUAACUGGAAUUUGAAAUUGGUCUCUGAGUCUGUUGAAACAAAUCUCAAUGUCUGUUCAAAGAGUGGUAGAGGAUUUGUAAGGCGUGUGUUCGAAGAUGAGAUCGAGAGCGAAGAAGAACAAGAUCGUAGUCAAAUCUAUACAUCCGGGAAACGUUUCGCCGGCGAUGAUGAUCUAUCUCUUGUGAUCAACGACAAGAAAACCCAGAUCGAGGAAGAAAUCAGGAAACAAAUAUCAGUUGUUGAGAAUGAAAUAUUGCACGAGACCGAAACGUUUCGCUCUGCAAUAGCGAAGGUUGGAAAUUACAGAGAAGCUAGAAUACAAGUGGAAGCAAAGCUUGAUCUUCAAUAUCAGCGACUUGUCCAAGAACGUGCACGUCAAGAAAUAGCUCGCGCAGAUGCUUUAUUGCAAGCAACAAUCAGAUCUGAAGAAGGAGAUAUAAAACUUGCAGAAGAGAGAGUUGCAAUCAGAGCCGAAGAAUAA